UAUUGGUGAGUGUGGAACUGAAACCGGAAUAGUCUCUGUCCCAUUUCCUUGUUUUUUUUUUCCACUGUCUAGAAAUACAGACGCCUCAAAGUCGAAGUGAAUAUGAUCUAACAGGUGACUUAUAUCGGCUCCGAGAGGUUCUUGAAAAGAUGCGAUCCCCUUGUGCUUGCCUUCCAAUAUGGAUCCUCAUCUUGUGUUGCCAGCACUGCCUGGCAUCCCCAAAGAACGGCUCCUGCAGCGUGCAAGACGGCAGGGCCGACUGCAGUCACCUGGGUCUCAGUAAGAUCCCUUCGGACCUUCCAGGUAACAUCACCACCCUGGACAUGUCUCACAACAGACUGGUGGGGAUCGACCCUGCGGCAUUAAAACCAUAUCCACACAUCCUCCACCUCAACCUCAGCCACAACAGUGUCACCAAGGUGAAUGAGGGUUUGUGUGAGAUUCUCCCUCUGCUGCGGACGCUGCGUCUGGAACGUAACGAAAUCCAUUUGCUGAAUAAGGAGCAUCUGAGCCGGUGUACCAGUCUAACUUUGCUGAAUAUGGCCAGCAACAGGCUGAAGCUGAAAGGAGAACCCUUCAGUGGUCUACAGAGCCUGAAAUUUCUCGACGUUUCCAUGAACAACCUGCAGUCUGCUAAGUUGGGCUCUGAGCCUCAGCUGCCCAGCUUGGUGAGUCUCAGUUUGGCAUCGAAUGACUUCACUGAGCUGAAGAGAGAAGACUUUUCCUUUUUGAAUCAAUCGUCCUUUCUACAAGUCCUCAAUCUGUCAUCAACAUCUCUAAAAAAAUUGGAAUCUGGGUGCUUCAAGCCUGUUUCAGGCCUGCACACUUUAAUACUUGAUCAAAGCAAUAUAGGCACUUUAGUGAUUUCAAAAGUCUGCUCUGAGCUGUCACACACAGCCAUUGAUGUCCUGUCCCUUCAGAAGAUGAAGCUCAUCACGCUCACAAACACAACGUUUAAAGGACUGGAGGAAACAAAUCUAACCUUCCUGGAUCUGUCCACCAACAACUUGACCAAAAUUGAGGAGGGCUCCUUUAAGUGGCUGCCUAGACUUAAAACUCUGGUUUUGUCAGAGAACAACAUCAAACAUGUGACUCAAGGUACAUUUCAGGGCCUGAAAGAACUGAAAAAGCUCCAGCUGACUAAAGCACUGGUGAAAACUCGCAGCUCCUCUGUGCCAAUUAUUGAUGAUUUUUCCUUCCAAGCAUUAGGUGCUCUGGAGACUUUGUUAUUACAGAGGACGUCCGUUCGACAAAUCACAGAGAACACCUUCUCGGGACUGAGAAGUCUUACCGAACUUGACAUGAGUUGGAGCAGCUAUGCAUCGUUAAAAAAAAUCAACAGGGAGACUUUUUCGUCACUUUCAAAUUCUCCCCUGAUGAGGCUGAAUCUCGUCGGUACAGCGAUAUCGCACCUGUAUCCUGGAAGCUUCUCUGUUUUGAAAAAUCUCACGUUUCUUUUCUUGGAUCAUAACUUCAUUAACCAAACCCUGACAGGGCAAGAAUUCGAAGGCCUCAGUCAACUUGAAGAGCUUCACAUGAUCAGCAACUUCCAAACAAUUCAGCUAACUUCUCAGAGCUUUGUAGGUAUGACCGGUCUUAAAGUCUUGACUUUGGGAAAAAGCCUUCGAGCCAUGGCCUUGAAUGUGAGUCCCUCUCCAUUCAAACCUCUAGCCAACCUUGCUUUUCUGGAUCUGAGCAACAACAACAUCGCUAAUAUCAAAGACAAUCUGCUGGAAGGCCUGUCGAACCUCAAGGUAUUAAAUCUCCAACACAAUAACUUGGCUCAGCUGUGGAAGAGUUCCAAUGUUGGUGGGCCAGUGCUGUUUCUUAAAAACACACCGAGGCUGACAACCUUACACCUGGAUUAUAAUGGACUGGAUGAGAUACCAGUGGAGGCUCUGAAAGAUCUGACCAACCUGAAGGAGCUCAGCCUCAGUAACAAUCUCCUGAACAGCCUUAAGGACUCGGUUUUUGACAAUCUGAAGUCACUGAAGGUUUUUAGCUUGGUGAAGAACUCGAUCACAACUGUGAGGCCUGAAGUGUUUAAAGCGCCUUUGAGUAACCUGAGCCUGCUUCUCAUGGACAGAAAUCCCUUUGACUGCACAUGUGAGAGCAUCCUGUGGUUCGUAACAUGGUUGAAAAGCAGAAAUAAAACCAGCGUGCCUGAUCUCGAACACCAGUAUGUCUGCAACACUCCACCAACUUACUUUAAUCGCACCAUCAUCAAGUUUGACCCCCUGUCUUGUAAAGAUAUGGCCCCGUUUCAGGCUCUGUUCAUAUUAAGCAGUACAGCUGUUCUAAUGCUCAUGGUGACAGCGCUCCUAGUGCGUUUCCACGGUUGGCGGAUUCAGUUUUACUGGAACAUACUGAUUGGUUACACAUUAGGAUUAAGCGAUGCCAAAGUGGAGGAGGGUCGAGAAUUUGAAUACGAUGCCUACGUCAUACACGCCGCGGCAGACGCCGGCUGGGUGGAAAGAAGGAUAGAGCCCUUGGAGAAUGAAAGGUGCCGCUUUUGCUUGGAGGAUCGGGAUUCCAUUCCCGGAAUGUCACAACUCGAAUCCAUCGUGAACAAUAUGAGGAAGUGCAGAAAAAUACUGUUUGUCGUGACUGAAAGUCUUCUUCUUGAUCCGUGGUGUAGACAGUUUAAAGCCCAUCAUGCCCUGAACCAGGUCAUUGAAGCCAGCAGGGACUCAAUCAUUCUCGUCUUCCUGCAGGACGUGCACGACUACAAACUGUCUCGCUCACUCUUCCUCCGCAGAGGCAUGCUGCGUCCAUGUUGCAUCCUGGACUGGCCCGUCUACAAGGAAAGGGUUCCAGCCUUUCACCAGAAGCUGUUCAUUGCACUUGGCAUGACCAAUAAAUUGCAAGAGUGACUGUUAUGAUAGGUCACAAAAGAUUUUGUGGUGACUUUAGAUCCGUAUGACCAUCACCAGUUUUCUCCAAAUGCUGAUCGUUUAACCUUUUCUGUAAAUAUUUAAUAAAUGUACAUUGUUUUUCUGUGUCUUCCAUAAAAUAUAAUGA